AAUCUGAGAGAGGUUAAUACAGACACUCCGCACUCCACAGCAUCUACAGCAUUCUCAAGAACCGAAACUGUUACAAUGGCCAUGAUAGAGUCGGAUGAUUUCCCAGCAAUACCUGGUGGUGGAGAAAAUAUCAGUCCCGACCGACCUGAUGUUCUCAAGGCCGUUGACUUUGCCAUGAUGGAGUUCAAUAGAAAAUCAAAUGAUGACUACCUCUUCAAGGUUAUAAAGGUUCUAACUGCUAAAUCCCAGACUGUUCAAGGACUACUUUAUUUCUUGGAAGUUGAAAUUGGAAGGACACAAUGCAAGAAAGACAACAACAGUGAUGUAAUAUUCUGUGACCUGGUUAAAAACUCAGAUUUGGAUCAGAUAUCCGUUUGGGAAUUCCAAGUCUGGGACAAUCUAUGGUUACGCAAGAAAACACUUGUUAGUUACUCUUGUACAACACAGUGAGCAGGAGCUAUUCAGAAACACACAC